AUGGGCUUCAAGCACGCUGCUAUUCUUGCUCCUGUCUCCUUCUUUCUGGGGGUGUUGUUUAUCUGCUUCAACGUAGACCACCGGAUACUGUGGGGAGACCUAACUGAGGACGUCGUCAACGAUUCAUUCCAGUUCUACACGACCUUCUUCAAUGCCCCACCCGCUAUCAAGGCAUUGCUCCACGGGAUGGUCGGCGUAGGCCUCUUGGGCUUCCUUGCGAAACUCCACAAGUGGGACGAGAGUGCGGUAUUCUUCGACGGCAGCAGUCUAGGCGUCUACGUUUUCGGCAUCGUCGUCUACCUCACGGUUACCGUAAACUCUCUCCGGACGAUAGCCGACCCAGUUCUCGAUGGUGAUGCUGCAGAGUCUCGGGAGGACCAGAUCAUGGCGAUACGCGUCCUUGCAGCAGGGAAUAUAAUCAUCGUAGGGUGUCUGGGCUUGAUCCUUUUCCUUCAGGCGGGCCAGGAAUGGGCAUCGCGUUCGGAGGCAAAAGCUAUCGCCCAAUGGGAGGCCGAGCAGCGGAAAGAGAACACAGAGAAAAAAGAUCAAUAA